GGAAGUUUCGAGCGUCGAGGUUUGCUUCUGCGAGUGUUUCUACAGGUGGUAGUGCAAGGGCUAAGGCUAGGGUUUGGGUUGUUAUCCUUUUCCUUCUUCGUACCAUCAACUCAGCUUUCUACUUCGAAAGCUCGGAUCUAGGGCGUCAUUGAAUCUAUUGAAGUUCGUUGUGAAGGAUGGGAGAAGCAAGGGACAACGACAACUACCAGGAGGAGCUUAUCGAUUACGAGGAAGAAGAGGAGUUGGCCGCCGAUGCCGUUGCUACUAAGACCGCUGGCGAAUCAGCUAAGAAAGGCUAUGUUGGAAUUCACAGUUCAGGAUUCAGAGACUUCCUUCUCAAACCAGAGCUUCUUCGAGCAAUUGUUGACUGUGGGUUUGAGCAUCCUUCUGAAGUGCAACAUGAGUGCAUCCCUCAGGCGAUUUUGGGGAUGGAUGUCAUCUGUCAAGCGAAAUCUGGGAUGGGCAAAACUGCUGUGUUCGUUCUGUCAACCCUGCAGCAAAUAGAGCCUGUUGCAGGUCAAGUUGCAGCCCUUGUGCUAUGUCAUACAAGAGAGUUAGCUUACCAGAUCUGCAAUGAGUUUGAGAGGUUCAGUACCUACCUAACUGAUAUCAAGGUGGCUGUUUUCUACGGUGGGGUUAGCAUCAAAAUACACAAAGAUCUAUUGAAAAAUGAGUGCCCACAUAUUGUUGUUGGCACACCUGGGAGGAUAUUAGCUCUUGCUAGGGAAAAAGACCUUUCUCUGAAGAAUGUGAGGCAUUUUAUUCUGGAUGAAUGUGACAAAAUGCUUGAAUCUCUGGACAUGCGGAGAGAUGUACAGGAGAUUUUCAAGAUGACUCCUCAUGACAAACAAGUUAUGAUGUUCUCGGCAACACUCAGCAAAGAAAUUCGUCCUGUUUGCAAGAAGUUUAUGCAAGAUCCAAUGGAAAUUUAUGUGGAUGAUGAGGCCAAGUUGACACUGCAUGGUCUUGUUCAGCACUACAUAAAGUUGAGUGAGAUGGAGAAGAACCGUAAGCUGAAUGAUCUCCUAGAUGCAUUGGACUUCAAUCAAGUUGUCAUCUUUGUCAAGAGUGUGAGCAGAGCAGCAGAACUUAACAAGUUGCUGGUGGAAUGCAAUUUUCCUUCCAUUUGCAUUCAUUCUGGAAUGUCUCAGGAAGAAAGAUUGACAAGGUACAAGGGUUUUAAAGAGGGUCAUAAGAGGAUUCUGGUUGCAACUGAUCUGGUUGGGAGAGGAAUAGAUAUUGAGCGAGUGAACAUUGUGAUCAACUAUGACAUGCCUGACUCAGCAGACACAUAUCUGCACAGGGUUGGGAGAGCUGGCCGAUUUGGCACCAAAGGACUUGCAAUCACUUUUGUGUCAUCAGCAGCCGAUUCUGAUGUCCUUAAUCAGGUGCAAGAAAGGUUUGAAGUGGAUAUAAAGGAACUGCCAGAGGAAAUUGAUAGCUCUACAUAUAUGCAAGCGUAAUAAAGGUGGAGCUUCUGGUUAUGACCAGCAUAUCCAUGAAGCAGCCGAAGUUUGUUUCCAUGGAACUAAAAGCCUUUCUUCAGUGUAUUUAUAUGUGAUCCAGCAAUCUGGAGCUUGAACUUCCUGAUAUUCUUUUAGAUAGUCUCUGCUUCACAGGAUUUUCUAGUUUAUGCAGAAUUAUACGUGCACACUGUGCUAUGGAACUAAAAGUUUUUGCAA